UUAAUGCAGUUGUUUUGCUCUGUGCCAUAUAAAACUGAGCCAAGGGACUGCGCAAAAUCAAAAAUUCGCAAAAAAACAUCAUCUUGAAAAAUGUAAACAAAAAGGAAUUAAAGCUGUUCCUUUUUCCCUGUCAAAAGCAAAAAAACAAAAAAAAAACAACUACAAUAAACACACUGACAGGCGUAAGAAAACCAGCUGAGAUUUUGCCAAACAACGACUAGCACGACAUUACAAUAGUCAGAAAUAAAGUGUGCUACUGAAAAAUAAUACAUUCGCAUUAAAAAUAAAUAAAAAGAAAAAAUAAAUUAUAAACACAAGGUGCCAGGUUUUUAACCCCUUCUAAUUGUGCAACAAAAUACAACAUGCAGCAACAAUUGCAACAAAACUAAAAGGGAAAAACACUUGUAUUCCAUUUGACUUGAAAUGAAACUACUAUCAACAACAACCGAGUAGUCCUUUGUGUUUGAGUAUCGGUGGCAGUGUGUGUGUGUAUGUAUUUCUGUCUUUGGAUGAAAAUGUAGGGAAAACUGAAAAUAUUAUGAAGGUCGUCGGUUAAGUGUAUAAAGAGAUUUGUUUGUAUACGUUAACAUCGUAACCCAGCAGUUCGUUUAAGAGUUCAGGCAUCCGCAGAAGAUAGUAGUGCCUGGUAGUGGUUGGUCCUAGUGAUUACCGAUAGUAUCUCAUAAAUAAACUAAAUAGGACAAGUUCUGCAGUUCCCUCGACUUGACCGUUUAUGGUUAUAAAGGAUUCCUUGCUUGCUCCGAAAACCAUUUAUUAAACCUUGAGAAUUACGUGACCUAGUUAUUGGUACUAUAAUAAAGUAGUGAGAUCUUUGUGCUUUUCUUAAGCUUAGCACUCGAUCGUUGAUCGUUAUGGAGGAUUCCUUGCUGUAAGAUUAAAGCAUGGAAUAUGAAAUGACUUUCUUAAACUUUAUUUAAUACUUAAAUUAGCCCGUCAUUCAUCGUUAUGGAGGAUUCCUUGCUGUAAGAAUAAAGCAUGGGAUACAGAGUGGCUUUCUUAAACUUUAUUUAAUACCUAAUGUAGCCCGGAAACCGUUAAUAAAUCCUUAGGCAUUAUGACAGCCAAAAGUCGUGGCCUCGUUUUGGGUUCAAUAACAAAAUGGUGAAAUUUCAUUUGACUCAGAUUUGACGCUUAGAAACUUUACCAGAUUUUCAAUCUCUUGGGCAAGUUGGCCACACACUGCUAGAGUAUAGUCGGUACACUCCAGUUUCCUCGUCAAUCGAAUCUUCGCUACGAAAGUAUUACAACAACUGCCGUUUCCAUGACGGGAGUCAUACUCGCCCAAAGAUUGUCAACUUAACGAUAGCUGCAUCAACCGAAAGUUUUUCCCCAGGAAAGAACUAUUGGCCACAGUCAAACUGUUACAACACCUUUAGUGUCUCCUUCGUAGGCAGACACUCAUUACUCUACAGUCCCCAAGUCACUUUAGUGUCUCCUUCGUAGGCAGACACUCAUUACUCUACAGUCCCCAAGUAAUCUAGUGAGUUAACACUUAAAAACCAAGCUACAGCAAACAUUUUCAUUGCCACGCGUUGCUUCCUUGGGAGUACUUGGACACUGUCCCCUCGAACUGCUGGGACAUUUUAGUUAAAGUGUGUGUGCGAGUGUGCGUUAAAAUGUGAAAGUGUAUGUAUCCAACCAACCCCACAACUCAGUGACUGAAUUGGGGUUUGUUUUAUUUGCUGCUCCCGCAGGAUGUGUAUGAACAUGAAAAAUUCUUGCACUCUUCUUAUUCAAACUCACAAACAUUGAGCAAACGACAGCGACAACAUUAUUGCAAAAACCAAACUCAACUAAAAUUUUUGAACUAAAUCUAUUAUAAACUACACCAAAGCAAAUUAGUUUGACCGAGGCUUUCAAGCUGAAAAAUCUGUGCUACUACACUACUACUACAUGCUGGUCGAGUAAAUAUGUGUUUGUGUGUAAAUUUGUAAAACAAAAAGGAUAAUAAGCAAAAAAUUGUAUUAGACAAAAAAAGAAUAAAAACAAAGUUAAACAAUUGUUGUUACUUUGCAGUUUUGCACAAGAAAACGGGACAAAAGUUUGGAGAAAAGAAAUAAAGAACAUUUAUUUUUCGUUUAUUACAAACAAGGACUUUUUUAUUAACUAGUAGCUGCCAGUUACAUCAGUUGCCAAUUGGAGCCUAAUAAGAGAAAACCUUAUAGGAGAUGCUUAAUAAAUAGCCAAACAAAACUUUCUAUUUAAAAAAGUGAAAAAGUGUAAAGUUUUAGAAAGUUUGGUGUUGUGUAUGUGAAUUUAAUACAAAAAAAAAGAAAAAAAAUCCAAUAAUUAUGGAGACUUGUCGUACUUGUGCCAAAUGUGAUUUUGAUAAUGAAACCCAAUGGUUUGAUUUAUUUAAUGCUCCUCGUUGGCAACUUGAAACGGAACGCAUACAUUUGGUGUUGAGCACUUGGAAAAUAAAGAUUUCGUGUAACGAUGGUUUGCCACAAAAAAUCUGCACCGAUUGUUUUUCUAAAUUUUGCACUGUCUCCUCAUUUCGUCUGCAAUGCCUGGAGGCACAAACCAUAUUAAGCAAUAUAUUCGAUAAAAUCGAUACACAAAGUAUACAGGAUGAAGAAGUUUUCGAGGGUUUCGCUAAUGAACAGGAUAAUGAUGUAAAAACAGCAAAAACACAGUCGGUAGGAGAAGCAGCGACAUCAGCAGCAGAAGUGCUACUAACAGUGCACUUAAAGUCAAUUGAGCACACAUUAGAGGCAACAACAGAAAAGAGCAUAACUAGCAGUAAUAGUAGCAGCAAUAACAAAAACAACAAUAGCAACAACAACAAUGAAAAUAUCGCAACUUUUAGUGAAAUCUUAAAUAUAAAUCCUAAUGACAACACCGAGGUUUCAUUUCGAACCACAACAAAAUUAUCAAACACUGCCGUUUUAGAAAACGAAAAUAAAAACCAAAAUUUUAAUCACAUUUUAGUCGAAGAUCACGAAGAAGAAGAUAUCAAUAAUAACACCAACUACAACAAUAAUAUCAGCAAUAAUACUUCUAAUGAGGGUGUAGAACUUAUCUCCAGCAAUAAUCUUUCAAACAAUUCAAAUGAUAACGAAAGAACUUUACUAACAGAAAAUACCAACGAUUUAGAUGAUAAUGAUCUUAUAGAAGAACUAAUCGAAGAACUAGAUAUAAUAGAAGAAAUCACCGAAGAAGAACAUCAAGCGGCAUUGGAGGAGGAGGAGGAGGGGGAAGAAGAUCUAGAUGAAUUCGAACACAAUGAGGAAAAUAUACCAACAACUAGCAAUAUCACUAUGACCCUGGACCAGGAAGGUGAUGAUCCUUUAGAGAAUGAUUUAAAAAUAACCUUCGAAUGUAAAUACUGUUAUAAAUGGAAAAACAAUGCUACAGAAAAUUUUCUCACCCAACAAGAUCUAUUGGCGCAUAUAACCAAACUACACAGUUCCGAUCAACCGUAUAAUUGUCCUUAUUGUCAGCAAAUGUUUAUGGAUGCCGCUUCACGAACCACUCACCUAAAAGAUGAACACAGUCAAAAAGUUUAUGAAUGCCAGACAUGUGGUAAAAAAUAUGCCGAUAAAUUUAAUUUGAAAAAUCAUGUCGAAAAAUAUCACAGCGGUACCGAUUUCGAUUGUACUCUAUGCGCUAAGAGUUUUUGUUCGAGUAAAAGUUUAAAUUAUCACAUGAAAUGGCACAAUCCGGAAGAACAGUUAAAGUGCAGUUACUGUGAUCGUUUGUUUAUCAAUCAACGACAUCUGAAGUGUCACGAGGAGACUCAUACGGGCUAUCGGAGUCAGGAGGUUUGUUCUUUUUGUGGUAAAAAUUUCUUCCAUUUGAAAACACUUAGAUGGCAUAUCUAUCGACAACAUGGUGGUGAAAAGCCCUAUAAGUGUGCCCGAUGUACAGAAGUUUUCACAUCAUAUUUCGAAAAACGUUUACACAUGCUCGAAAAUCAUUUGGAUAAUCUUACGUUGAUCGAAAAAACCGAAUGUAUGCUGUGUCACAAACGUUACGAACACGAACUGGAACUAAAGGAUCAUAUGCUAGAAGAUCAUAAGGAAAACAAGGGAGCAGUUAAAAUCUCUAAUAAUAAACGUGUUAUAAUGAAUAAAAAACCAAAAAGCUUUACCGGUAUAUUUCAAUGUGAAAAAUGUGAUAAACGUUUUAAUAUGAAAUCAGCUUUAGAAAGACACAUGGCUGUACACUCCACGGAGGGACGACCCCAUGCCUGCCCACAAUGUCCUAAACGUUUUAAACGUUCGCAAGACAUGAAGUGGCAUUUGAAAACACAUUCCUCUGAAAAGCCCAAUAUCUGUGAUGUCUGCGGCAAGGGUUUUGCUUUAAAAUAUGUUUUGACUCAACAUCGUCGAAGUCAUGAAGUUUUAGAAAAGAACUUUACUUGCACCACCUGCGGCCGUUCAUACCUCUUCGAGAAGUCUUUGCGUUUACAUGAACGUAUACACAGUGGCAAAACCUAUUACAAAUGUGAUUUAUGCAGUGAAAGUUUCGUUACACAUAUUAAAUUUAAAUGUAAGUGUGUGUGUGUUUUUUUAGACUAUCUGAUAGACUAAA